CAGGCCCCACCUCUGCCCUGUCUCUAGGGCGACUCCGGAAUCGUGGCAAGGCCCAGAGGUUCCCCGCUGCCCAGCAGCCGCUGGAUCUCAGCCUGGUUUCCCGGGAACUGCUGCCUGGAGGCGGCGGCGGUUAAUCUCUAUAGAAACACCGGAAACGUGCUCCCGCCCAGGACUUCCCGGCGCCGCGGCCGCUGCGAACUUCGGUUCCGCUGGAGUCGCGGCCCGGAAGUGCGGCCUUGGCGGUGGUAAGCCGGUGGCGGCUACGGCCGGGCCCGGUCGGUACCUGAGGAGGAGCCGGAGAUGGCUGCGGCGGCGGAGGCAGUGCACCACAUCCACCUGCAAAACUUCUCCCGCUCCCUGCUCGAGACCCUCAAUGGGCAGCGACUGGGCGGGCACUUCUGCGACGUGACAGUGCGCAUCCGCGAGGCUUCGCUGCGCGCACACCGGUGCGUGUUGGCCGCCGGCUCACCCUUCUUCCAGGACAAGUUGCUGCUCGGUCACUCCGAGAUCCGCGUGCCACCCGUGGUGCCCGCGCAGACAGUGCGUCAGCUAGUGGAGUUUCUCUACAGCGGCUCACUGGUGGUGGCGCAAGGCGAAGCACUUCAGGUGCUCACGGCUGCCUCAGUGCUGCGCAUUCAGACCGUCAUAGACGAGUGCACGCAGAUCAUCGCCCGCACCCGCGCCCCUGCCGCAGGCACCCCCGCGCCCCCGCCCUUGCCCACACCUGUGCCCCCGCCACUCGCGCCCGCACAGCUUCGUCACCGCCUGCGCCACUUGCUGGCCGCUCGCCCCCUGGGCCAUCCAGGUGCGGCGCACAGCCGCAAGCAGCGUCAGCCCGCACGCCUGCAGCUACCUGGGCCCUCUGCACCUGCCAAAGCAGAGGGGUCGGCCACUGACCCCACCCUGUCUGCCGGCCCAGACGAGGGUGGUGAGGAUGAGGACGAGGAGACCGAUGACGACACUGAUGGCGAGGAUGGCGAGGGGGGUGGCCCGGGCGAGGGCCAGGCGCCCCCUUCCUUCCCCGAAUGCCCUGCAGGCUUCCUUACCUCAGCCGCUGACAACGCGCGUGAGGAACCAACUGCACCCGCCGGCCUCUCUGAGUACAGCACCGGGAGGGACUUCUUUCGGGGGCCUUCGGCGGUCGAGGACGUGUUCCCCAGCAGUUACGUUUCUUCGUGGCAAGGGGAAGAGGGCACAGCCGUGGAAAGCUGUCCCACCGAGGCCCCUGCCCCACCUGACUGUGUUGUGUCGGGACCUCGCCCGCCUGCCGUGAAAACCCCAGGGCCGCCCGUAGCCCUUUUCCCCUUUCAUCUGGGUUCUCCAGGACCACCGGUGCAGCACCCUCUCCAACCCUCCGGGCCAGCCCCUGCACCCCCCACCACCUUCUACCCUGCGCUCCAGCCAGAGACCGCUCCCAGUACCACUCUGGGAGAGCCUCCGGCCCCGUCCUCUGCUCGCGCCUCUGCCCCUUUGGUCCCCUCUACGCAAACCGCAGGCUCCCAGCCACCCACUUAUGAAUGCAGUCACUGCCGCAAGACGUUCAGCUCACGGAAAAACUACACCAAGCACAUGUUCAUCCAUUCCGGGGAGAAGCCCCACCAGUGUGCCGUGUGCUGGCGAUCUUUCUCACUGCGUGACUACCUGCUCAAGCACAUGGUCACGCAUACGGGCGUGCGUGCCUUCCAGUGUGCUGUCUGUGCCAAGCGCUUCACGCAGAAGAGCUCACUCAAUGUGCACAUGCGCACGCACCGGCCAGAGCGCGUGCCCUGCCCCGCCUGCGGAAAGGUCUUCUCGCAUCGCGCACUGCUGGAGCGCCACCUGGCUGCACACCCUGCGCCCUGAUCCGGGGCAUGAGACCUGGCCACACCCCUCAUGGGUUUGACCAAGUCCCCAAAGCAGGCCACACCCUUCACAGGGUCUCGAUAGCCAGUGGGCUAAGCCAUGCCCGCUACAGGACCCCUUAACAUGCCCGCCGACCAGGUCAGUCCACCAUGGCAUCUUGACCACGGUCCAGCCAUUCCACCAUGCUGUCCCCUGAGCACAGACCCUCCUCUUCUCCAUUGUCCACGGGCCCAACUCAGACCCCUCCUAGGUAAUACCAGGUUGGGGCCGGGGUGGGGCCCAGGGUUCACGGCUCCAGCUCUGCUUCCUGCCCCACUGCCUUCCCUAAGUGGGGUGCUCGCUAGGGCUAUUCUCUACCCCAGGGUCAGGCUGGGCAAGGUGUCUUCCCCGAGCCACUCCUCAUUCCCCUGCAAUCAGUUUGGUUGCACCUAAAGGAGCUCCAAUGGACUCAUCGUGAAUUGUGUAUUAAAGACUGGCUCUUGGGCCCAGACCCAGAA